AUGGGCCGGCUGCGACCCGACAACGGGCACUUUGUGGAACUCAAAUCCAACGUCAACGCCGCCGCAGUACAACACUGGGAGGGCGUCAAGGCGAAGAAGGUGGAGUGUAAGCGUGUGAGGGGCGAGCAGAGUGACGGUGGGACUUAUACCGCAUCUGUUGCCGCGCCUCGCUCGGUCGCGGGGGUGGUGCCUGCGUCUUCGGCUGGGAUUGGAUCUGCGGGUGGGAGUGGGGGUGUGACUGGGUCUGGGUAUGGGAAGGGGCUUAGAAGGGGCCGGAGUGCGAGUGCUGCUGCUGCUAUGGCUGCGGGUGCGGGUACAGUGGUAGGUACAGCGGGGGCGGGCGCAGGUGCGGGUGAGUGGAGCAUCAUCGAAGCUACCGCGUUAGCUGCACGUACCGCCAGAGUCAGCGCUGUGGAGAUCGCGGACUCGGUUACCUCUGUGGAGAGUGAGGAGGAGUCUCACCAUGGGCAGGCUGCGUCCAACGAUGAAGACGUUAUCAUGACUACCGAGGAAGCUGGUAACGUGGACAUUAGUGGCGGUGGGGGUGAGUGGGGUUUUAUUGAAAGUGCACAUAAUGCUGGGGGUGUGGAGACUAUGGGCCCGGUCGCGUCUAUGGGGACGGAGAAGUCGGUUCUGAGUGAGGUGUCGGAUAAUGGGGAUGUCGAUAUGACUAGCGAUGAGCCUCUCAAUCCCGGUGUCGGUCAGCGUACUCGUGAGUGGAGCUUCCUCGAUGUCCCUCGCCCCGCUGGUGGGAUAGAGAUCGCAGAUUCCGCCGGAAGUGCAGAGAGUCAGUGCUCAACGACUACCAUCCACGCCGUCGAACUCCCUCGCGUGGCCACUACCCCUGCGUCAGCUGCCAACGCCACACAUCCUACUCCCAACCCCGACCCCGCCUCCAACAACAAAAACCACGCCAUGACCAUGGAAGACCCCUUCCUCGAAUCAGCCGUCAACGCUAUCCUCGCGGAAGCAUUCUACGGGGCUGCUGUUUCUCAAGUUGGCCGUGAUAUGGAGUCUGGGUCCAGUGAUGAUGAUGACGAAGAUAUUCAGAUGGGGGAUCCCUAUACCGCUGGUGGUGCGCCGCCUAUGCCGGUGGUUGUUAGACAGGCUGUCAAGGCGGCUGAGAUUACUGGGAUAUUGUAUGCGGUGAAGGUGGUGCAUACUGCCGAGUCUGGGGCCACAAGAACAUCCGUGUCUUCACCCGCUACUACGACUCAGGAAGCGCCCAUCGAAACAGCGGACGCUCCGGAUGCCGCCUCCUCAGUUGGAGAUGUCAUGGUCGCAGAUUCAGUCUUCUCCACAGCCAUAGAGGACACUUUCUCCGACCCUGCCACCACCUCCGAUGAGCAGCCCCUCACCCCCUCUCCCACAUGGCACUCCAACGGCGGAUCCACCUACGAAGACGACAGCAACUCCGACGCCUCCCGCACCCUCACCCCUACACACAUGCCUCCUCGCCCCACAAACAGCACUGACGAUGAGGAACGCCCGGCCUCGCCGGCGACAAUGAAGCGCAGCAUCAUCUUACACCACAUGAUCGACCUCAACAACGAGUUUGAUGAGCUCGAGCGGGAGUUCCACGCUUGUGUGCGGGGCGGGGAGAUGGCGAGGGCGCUGAUAGUGAGGGAGCGGAUGGGGGGGAUUGUAGUGUGCAUGAAUGGGGCGAGAAUGGCGUUGGCGUUGGAGAGCUGGAUUUAG